AUGGGUAAUGAUGGUAGCAAGGCAAAUAAUUAUGUUGAAUUUGAUAAUUAUAAAUACAUUGGAGAGUUAAAUAAAAAUAAUUUACCAAAUGGAAAAGGAUUAAUUUUAUAUAAUUCAGGAGAAUCAUUUUACGGUUAUUUUUUGAAUGGAAAAAAAAAUGGAAGAGGAAUAUAUAUUGAUAGGAAAUUAACAAAAUAUAAAUGUACUUGGAAAGACGAUAAAGUUUUUAAGAAAUUGAAAAUUAAUCCAUUCAAUAGUAAUACAGUAUUUUAUUUUUUUUAUAAUAAUGGUGUAAUAGAAUCAUGUAAAAUUUAUAAUACCGCUAAGAAUAAUAAAAAAAAAAAAAAAAAAAUACUACAUAAAAGAAAUAGUCAAGAAAUGAAAGGUACAGAUCAAAUUAAUAAAAAUAAUAAUGAAAUAGUAAAUAAUAAUGAAAAAAAAAAUAAUAAUAAUAAUGAGAAUGAAGAUAUUAACAUAAAAUCUGUUAAAAAUAAUUUUAUUAAAAGAGAAAGUUUUGAUAUAAAUGGUAAUAUAAAUGAAAAUAGACAAACAGAAAAUGGUAAUAAUGCAUAUAUAAAUAAUGGCGAGAAUAAUUAUAAUGAUGAUAAAUCAAAUAAAAUUGAUAUUUAUAAUAAUAAAAAAAGAAACAUAAAAAAGAAGGAAAUUAAAGAUUUAUUUUGUUCAAGUUCUUACGAUUCUUCAUUAUCAGAUUCAAGUCUCAUUAAUAUCUUAAAAAAAAAAAAAAAUAAUAAUAAAAAUAAAAAAAAGAGACAAUACAUUUCCGAUUAUCUAGAAGUAAGAAAAGAAAAUCACAAUGAAAUGAAAGACAGAGAAUUUAAUUCUAAUUUAGAGGAUAAAGAAAAGGGAAAAAAAAAAAAAAAAAAAACAACAGAUACUUUAAGAAGUUUUAUAGAUAAAAAUGAAAAUCUUAAUAUAGAAAAUUAUGAAUUAUGGGAAAGAAAAGAAGUAGUUCAGUGGCUUGUAUUAUGUAAUGUACCUAUUAAAUGGAUAAUAGCUAUUUAUAAAAAUAAUAUUACUGGAUAUAAAUUAAAUAAUUUAAAUUUAAAUACUAUCAGAAACAAUCUAGGUAUACUAUCUUAUGGGCAUGCAAUAAAAUUAUUACAGUUAAUAAAGAAUUUAAGAAUAAUGGCUUAUAAUAAAAGAUUAUUAACGUGUCUGAAUUUAGAAGAAUACGAAAAUCAUAUUAGAAAAAAAAAAAAAAAAAAAAAAAAAAAAAAAAAAAAAAAAAAAGAUGAAAAAAUAAAUAAUGUAAUUGAUGAAAAUACGUUACAGAAAGAAAAUAAUAGUACAGAGAUAAAUAGUGAAAAUAAAAAUUCUAAAUUUCUCUUGGAACAUUUAAAUGAAGGAAUAGAAAUGGAAAACAAACAUUUGCAUUGUAAAGAUGUUUUAAUUUCAGAAAAUUUGAAUUCAUUUACAUGUGUAUCCUCUAAUUCUAUUAGAAAACCAAAUAAAAUAGAAAAUGGUGCAUCUGAAAUAAAUUUAGAUAACCCCACCCUAAAUUAUAUAAAAGAAACAAACACAUACGCAAAAAAAAAAAAGAAAAAAAAAAAAAAAGAAAAAAAAAAAAUGAGAGAAAAUGAAGAGAAAGAAAAAGAAGAGAAUAAAAAAGAAAAGGAAAAUAAAAAUGAGGAAAAAAAGAAAAAAAUAGAUAAAGAAAAAUUUAUUUACAACUUUCAUGAAAAAUUGUCUUUAAUAAAUUAUUCCUCAUAUGAUUCAAAUAAAAAUUCUUCUUAUUCGUGUUCAUCCACAUUAUCAUCUUUCACAUCAUCUACAGUAACUUCUUCUGAUUCUUCUAUUUAUUCACAUAUUAGUAAAAAAGAAGACUCUUCAAGUUCCUCAUAUUCCUUGACUUCAUCAGAAAGUUUACAUUUGAAAAAAGAUUUAAGUUCAUUAAGUAAUUUAAAUCAUAUAAAUAAUCAAAAAUUAAAAAAAAUAUCUCAUUCAUCAGCUAUAUCAUCAUCUUUUUCUUCUUCCUCUUCUUCCUCUUCUUCCUCUUCUUCCUCUUCUUCUUCAUCUUCUUCAUCUUCUUUAUCAUCAUAUUCUUCUUCAUCAGCUCUCGCUUCUUCUUCAUUUUGUUCUAGCAAAAGUGAUGAUAUAAUUUUUUAUCCACGUAAUAAAAUAAUAAAGUAUACAAAUAAUAUAUAUAUGAAUAAUAACUUGACUUUUUCUUAUUUAUAUAGUUUUAUAAUACCACAUGAAGAUUUAAUAUUUUUGCAUCCAAUUGAAAACUAUUAUAUUAGUGAUAUAAAUAAUAGUGAUGAUAACAAUAUAAAUUUUAAUAUUGAAGAAAAAUUUCUGUUUAAGAAUAAUAUUAAAGUACCUUUUUUAAAAAAUGUAGAAAAUAAUUACAAUAAAAAUAAAUCACCGAAAUAUAGAAAACUUAAAAGUAGAGUAUUUAAAGGGAAAUAUAUGGGAAAAGAAGUAGCUAUAAAAGUAUUAGUAGGUAAGAUAAAAAAUUUUAAUAAAUUACACAAAAUACUAUAUAAAUUAUAUAUACUAAGGCAUUCUAAUAUUGUACUAAUAAUGGGAAUUUCUAUUAGUUACCCGUUUGUUUUUAUUGUAUAUGAAUAUUUAAAAAAUUUAUGCUUAUUCUCCUAUUUGCACUGCAUAAAAUAUAAGCAUGUUUAUAUAAGUAAUUUUUUUAAAAAAUAUAAAAUGAACUAUAACCUAGAUUUAGAUAAAACAUUAACUGAUUAUAAGAGCAGAAAUGAGCACAAAAAUUUUUAUUCUAAUAUAAAAUCCUCAAAUAAUAAUAGUAAGGUUUUAAAUGAUAAAAAUAAUAUCAAAAAUAGUGAUAGUGAUAAGAACAAUUUAAAAUUUCCAGAAGUGGGAUCAAAAUUUUUUAAUAAUGAAUCAGAAAGCAGUUUAAGUAAUAAUACGUAUUUUGAAAAAAAUAAUAGAGACAAUAAAUAUUAUAAAAAAAAUAAAUUUAAUUUAUUUAAUUAUGAAAAUAAUGUUUUAUGUGGUGUAUACGCUGACGAAUUAGAAGGCAAUAACGAAACACAAAGUUUUUCAUCUAACGAUUCUGAUAUAACAGUAUUUAAUGCUAAUUCAGAAAAAGAGUAUCCAUUAUCAGAAAUUAAUAAUAACUUCAAGAAAAUAAAUCAAAGAGAUAUAAACAAGAAUAAUAAAAAAUUUUAUAAAUUACAAAAUAAAAAAAAAAUCCAAUUAAAUGAUCCCUAUUCUUUUCCUCCUUAUCAAAGGGAGUUACUCUCUUAUUUAAAAAAAGAAAAAAAAAAAAAAAAAAAGAAAGUUUUGUUUUCUUAUUUAAAAACACAAAUAUAUUUUCAUUCACAAAAAAGUAAUUUCAGAAAUAAUCGUCUAAGUGUUCAAAGGAUAAUGAAAAUUAUAACAGAUGUUACAUUAGCUUGCUCUUACUUAGAAAAACAGAAGUUGUAUCCUUUGAAUUUAAAGCCAACCAACAUAUUAUUAGAUGAAUCAUUAAAUGCAAAGAUAGCUGAUUUUGGAAUACAACAAAUUGAAAAAUGCCUUGAUACAAAUAUUGAUUAUUCUUAUAUUGUUUUAUCAAAUAAAUUAAUAAAAUUUAACAAAAAUCAUUUAGAUAAAAAAAGAGUAAAAGAAAUGAAGAUUGUUAACAAAAAUUCAAAUGACUUAUUAUAUAUAUAUGAUGAUAAAAAUAAUGUUCAUAAGUAUAAUACUAGACAACUUUAUGUUUCACCAAGUAGCCAUUAUUCUUAUAUUUCGUUCUGGACUCCACCAGAAAUACUAAGAGGAAAAAAAAGUAGACAUUUAUACUCCGAUGUUUAUGCAUUUGGAAUAAUUCUAUGGGAAAUGUUAUCUAAUAAUAUUCCUUUCAAUUAUCCUUUUAAAUCCCAUUUAAUGGCUUCAGUUGGAUAUGCUAAAGAAGAAUUAUCUUUUAAUAACAUUCCAAUGCCUAUUCAAAGUUUAAUAAAAAGUUGCAUUAAUAGAGAUAAGAGUAAAAGACCUAGUUUUGAACAAAUUUUAAAUACAUUGUCUAAGUUAUAUGAUCAAGCAAAUACAAAAGCAGAAGAUGCAUUAAUUUCAUUUAUGGAUGGAACAUAA